AUGGCAGAACUUAGUUACUGUAUGAUGAGAUCAGCAAAUCAGGCGAGAGAAUCAGAAGAGCAACGGUCCACAGCUAGGAAGAAAAAUUUGUUGAUAUUAGUGAUGCAUUAUUUAAGUGAAGAAGGGUAUGUUGAAUCAGCGAUGUCUCUCUCGAAAGAAACAAAUUUAGACUUCAGAAAGUAUGAAGUGUGCGAUAAUGUAGAUUUAGAAACAGUUUUGUUAGAAUAUGAAAGUUAUUACUACAUAAAAUUUCAGAAAUAUCCUAGAAUCACCAAAAAGUUGUCAGAUAAGCUCUUUCAGUGUGACAAAAAGCGACAUGUAAGCAGUUCAAUAAAAACAAAACGAUCCUCACUUCCUCGGCUUUUUAACCGAGGGAAUUCUAUCCAUGACUUUGAACAGAAUUAUUCAUCAAUUAUUCUGAAUUCUGAAGAAAGUUCUGGCGUAACCAAGAAUAGAGCUUGUAAUGGACUAACUGUACAAGGAAGACAAGAUCCCCUUAUACAAACUUCAGGGCGCAUAGUAAAGAGUAACAUUCCACCAAAUGUUUCAAAUGGUUCUUCUAUCACACCUUCAAACCAUCUGGAUUCAGCUCAAAACUCUUUUCUAUCCUCUUCAACACGACAGAAUUUUCCGCGUCAAAUUACUGACUACAGAGCAAUCAUUAAUCAGGAAACCCGCUUGCCUUUAGAAGAAAACCAACUUUCGGAAGAUCCUCAAGAGCGUUUACUAAAGCCUCUAGGUAGUUAUUUGGGCUACACAGGAGAAUGGCGAAGUUUGGCUUUGACAAUAUCACGUGAUAUAUUCCUUCAAAAUCCAAAUGUUCGAUGGGAUGAUAUAAUCGGUCUAAGCUCUGCUAAACGUCUUGUAAAAGAAGCAGUUGUUUACCCAAUAAAGUACCCUCAAUUGUUUGCAGGAAUAUUAUCACCCUGGAAAGGAUUAUUACUAUAUGGACCUCCAGGCACAGGGAAGACUCUUCUCGCUAAAGCUGUUGCUACUGAAUGCAAAACGACAUUUUUUAAUAUUUCUGCAUCGACUAUUGUUAGUAAAUGGAGAGGUGAUUCAGAGAAAUUAGUUCGUGUACUGUUUGAAUUGGCUAGAUUUCAUGCUCCUUCAACUAUAUUCUUGGAUGAGUUAGACUCCCUAAUGUCACAAAGAGGUUCAAUAUCUGGAUAUAGUUCUUCCGGUGGAGGAAACUCAAAUAUAUCACUUGGAAAUGAACAUGAAGGAUCACGUAGAAUGAAAACUGAAUUGCUAAUGCAAAUGGAUGGUCUAGCAAAAUCUGAUGAUCUAGUCUUUUUAUUGGCUGCUUCCAAUCUGCCAUGGGAAUUAGAUCAUGCAAUGCUUCGUCGACUAGAAAAACGGAUUCUGGUUGACUUACCAAAUAAAGAGGCAAGAAUACAUAUGUUUGAAUCAUUUCUCCCUCCAAUUACUGGACAAGGUACACCAGGUGGAUUACAAUUAAAAUGUUAUUUAGAUUAUAAUGAAGCUGCGGAGUUAACUGAAGGUUACUCUGGCUCAGAUAUACGUCUAGUAUGUAAAGAAGCAGCUAUGCGUGUUGUUAGAAAAAUAUUUGACAUAUUAGAAAAUUCUUCUAUUGAAAAUUUACCUCAGACACAAAUUCAUUUUGAUCCAAUUACUACAGAAGAUGUUAAAGCGGCUAUAUCAUCUACAAUGCCUUCAGCUAGACAAUUAGCAGGAAAAUAUUUAGAAUGGCAACAACAGUUUGGUUCUUCUUAA